AUGCUACGAGCUGGUCUUCACCAGCCAGAACCACGUGGACGGCAGCGGGUACCCGUGGGGCGGGGCGCACCCGAACCUGGUCAACAAGAGGCACGUCGUGCAGGUCACGAACAUCGGUUACGACGUCACUGGCGUUCACAGCUUCGAUCUCUUCGGGGGCGGCGGAUCCCCGGUGCCGGCCAGGGCCAGUUCACCAGCGGGUGCACCAAGCAGUUCUCUGGCUACAGCUCGAGCGCCUUCGACUGCGGCAACAACUACGGCGGCUGCUCCGCGCGGAGCGGGUGCAGCGCGCUCCCGUCAGAGCUGCAGGCAGGCUGCCACUGGCGCCACGAUUGGUACAUGUGGCUCGCGUCGAGCGGCAAGACAAACAACCCGUACGUCAGCUUCCGGCGCGUGCGGUGCCCCCAGCAGCUCACCGACAUCAGCGGCUCGGUCCCACUGGACGACGCUUCGUGGCCCGAACACACCGGCGCCACUCCGCCGGCUACUCCGAGCCCUACUCCGAGCCCUACUCCGAAGCCGACUCCGUCUGGGUCACCACCACCCCCGUCGCCGACACGGUCGCCGACCCCGUCGCCGACCCCGUCGUCGAGCCCGUCGCCCGAGGCGCCGACCCCGUCGCCCUCCUACGGGCUGGGCUCCCCCGUGCCUUGGCAGGACAACCCGUCGCCGUCGGAGGUGGACCGGGCGGGGCGCUGCGCGCUCGUGCCGGUCGGGCCAGUGGCCGCUGCCGCCCUCGCGGCCCUGCUGUGA